UGUGUCUGUGUAUUGGGUGCGAGUGUGUGUGUGCGCUUGUGAUUAGAGAGCACCGCCGCCACCACCGAUAGCAUCAUACGCGAUUACAUACAAUUUUUCGUUUUUCGCUACGGUGAUAUUGUAAUCUUAGGUCCGUGUACUCGCGUCGUUUUGUGAAUUUUCGGCGUACAGGCUGAAUCGUUCAACCGCCGCAACAUUCUCUUUCAAGAAGAGAGUAUCCUUAGGAAACAAAUACACCUAUUUGUGCAUUUAUACAGGAUCGUGUACUUUUUGCAACGUGUUUACCGUUUGCGUUAGUGACAUUCGCGGUGUGCGUCUGUGCCUCGGCCGCCGUUUUUGCACACAAGUCAAGUCCGUCGGUUGACGGUCGGUCGGUCGCUCGCUGGCUGCCGUUGUCCGCCCUCCCGCUCAUCGUUUUCCUAAGGAAUAUAAUACACUUGGCGGUACAUGUAUGUGCGUGUGCGUGUGUAUCGUCGUAACACCUAUGUGAUAUCACACUGGGGCAAUACACAUCGAAGUUGUGGAUUUGAAAUUUUCCCUUAACACAUUAUCAUUUGCCGUUGAUCAAUUAAUCGAGUAAUCGGUGUGCAGUGUUAAAGUACUCUUCAUAAUUAAUUAUUAAUUUUGCAAUUGAUUCAACGCCGCCCUAGUUAGGUCGUUGAUAAAUUUCUUACGUUUAGCAGUACCUAUGCAGCAUAGGUGGACUUCGUUGUUCAAAGAUAUUGGUUAUUAAUCAGGACUACUAUGAUAAUAAUGAUGAUGAUGAUAAUGAUAUAUUAUAAUUGUGACUGAUACAGAAACACUCAGUGCCCAAUUAAAAUAUUUUCUAGCUAAAAAAUAUUUUUCAACUAUUAAUUUUUAAUUAUUAAUUUCAUAAAUUGUAUGAAAUAAUAAUCUUUUAACUGGUGCUUUUCUAACGGACAAUGUACAUUAAUUUCGUCACAUUUUUUGAAUUGCCACAGUAUCAUAAACAUCAUUCAAUUGACGGUUUAAAACCUCCUGGAUACACUUUUGUUGUAUUAACUGUCAAUACUAAUCCUAAUCGACUGUUUUCUAAUUGCUGUCCAGUUGCAGCUGAAUAUUAUAAUUUCUUUAAUUAAAUCUAUAAACAACAUGAAAUUUUGUCUACUAGAUUUAUCUUAAAAGUUCUGUUUUUAUUUGCUUAAUUUUUAUUUUAAAGUAGUUUUUAAAAAAUAACCAUCAAAGUUAAUUAAAAGACUUGUGCUCUCUUGUGUGCUUAAAUAGAGCAUGUCCAAUUCAGCGGCUACUGCUGCUAGUGCUACUGGUGGUACUAGUGGUGGAAGUGGAGGAACAACUACUGCAGCAUCUGCUGGAGCUGCAACAACAUUUGUUGAUCGCAUAGAUCCGUUUACCAAAAUAGCUGUUUUAAAGCGCAAGAAUAAACGUUCACAAGGUUCAUCAUCAUCAUCUAGAUAUCGUACUUGUUCAGAUGUUGAAUUACAACCUUUGCCAUUAUUAAAGGAUGUAACAGCUCAGGAACAGGAAGAGUUGAUGAUAAGGAAACUUAGACAGUGUUCAGUACCAUUUGAUUUCAUGGAUCCCAUGGCUGAAUUGAAAGGCAAAGAAAUUAAGCGUGAUACACUCAACGAAUUGGUUGAUUAUGUUUCAACAUCUAGAGGGGUUUUGACAGAAAAUAUGUAUCCAGAAAUCAUAAAAAUGAUCUCUUCAAACCUAUUUAGAACAUUGCCUCCUAGUGACAACCCUGACUUUGAUCCUGAAGAGGACGAUCCAACACUUGAGGCAUCAUGGCCACACCUCACACUUGUCUAUGAACUGUUUCUACGUUUUUUGGAGUCUCCAGAUUUUCAACCUGCUAUAGGCAAGAAAGUGAUCGAUCAAAAAUUUGUAUUACAGCUUCUUGAACUCUUUGAUACUGAAGACCCACGUGAGAGAGACUUUCUCAAGACUGUGUUGCAUCGCAUAUAUGGCAAAUUUUUGGGAUUACGUGCAUUUAUACGUAAACAAAUCAAUAAUAUAUUUUUAAGAUUUAUCUAUGAAACUGAACAUUUUAAUGGAGUUGGCGAAUUAUUAGAAAUUUUAGGAAGCAUUAUUAAUGGAUUUGCGCUUCCUUUGAAGAAUGAACAUAAACAGUUCCUGGUUAAAGUGUUAAUACCUUUACACAAAGUUAAGUGUUUAAGCUUGUAUCACGCACAACUAGCUUACUGUGUUGUACAAUUCAUUGAAAAGGACAGUUCACUUACAGAAUCUGUGAUUCGUGGUCUAUUAAAGUAUUGGCCAAAAACUUGUAGUCUCAAAGAGGUUAUGUUUCUCGGUGAAAUGGAAGAAAUUCUUGACGUUGUAGAACCAUUACAGUUUCAAAAGAUACAAGUGCCUUUGUUUAGACAAAUUGCGAGAUGUGUAUCAAGUGCCCAUUUUCAGGUGGCUGAAAGAGCGCUAUAUUUAUGGAAUAAUGAAUAUAUAAUGAGCUUGAUCGAAGAAAAUAACCAGACAAUCAUGCCCAUCAUGUUUCCUGCUUUAUAUAGAAUCAGUAAAGAACACUGGAAUCAAACAAUUGUAGCACUCGUUUAUAAUGUUUUAAAAACAUUUAUGGAAAUGAAUAGUCAACUGUUUGAUGAUUUAACUGCCAGUUAUAAAUCUGAACGUCAAAAAGAGAAAAAACGAGAGAUGGAGCGAGAAGAGCUGUGGAAACGGUUGGGACAACUUGAAGCUACCCAUCAGCAAAAAAUACGAAAAACUAGUAACCCUGUGUCCAUAUUAGUAGACAACAAUAAUAAGAAGACUAGUAGUAGCAAUAGUAAUAAUAUAGAUUCUGUAUCAGCGCAACAGUAGUAAAAGUUGUAGUAGUUACAUAUAUAUUUGUCAUUCAAAUUUGCUAUGUAUAUAUACCACACAAUAUAAAUACAUAUUUAUAUAGCAUACAAAUGUAUUAUAUAUAAUAUUAAAAAUAGUAAAAAAUUGUUUAGUAAAAAGUGGUGGUAAAGUGUUGGCAGCAAUAGCUUUAGCAGUCAUAUUUGCAUGCAUUUUUUAAGUGUAUUUUUUAAUAUUUAUUGUUUAAGGAAAGCAAGAAUUAAAUACUAUCUAUAUUAAAUGAUGUGUAAUUUUUCAUCAAAUAUUUAUGUAUGUGUAUUAAAAUAUUUUCAUGUGGUGGUUUAUUUAUUAUUGAUCUAUAUAAUCAUGAUAAUCAUAAAUAAAUUAAUAAGUAAGAAUACCUCAAAUUAGCACAAAUAAAAUAACACGCACUAACAUAUA